AUGGUAUCGAAAAAUUGGAUUUGUGGCUUUGUCAGCACAAUUGUAGUCGUACAGGCCUUGUCUUGCGAGAAGCAUGAUGUUUUAAAAAAGUACCAGGUGGGACAAUUUAGCUCGCUUACUUCUACAGAAAGGGAUACUCCGCCAAGCAGAACUAUUGAAAAGUGGUGGGUGAAUAUCUGUGAGGAGCGUACUGUAGAGCCCCCCCAAGGCUGUAAGAAAGAUGACAUGCUAUGCGGUCUAACAGAUGUCAUUAUGAAUGACAGCAAGAAUCCUAUCACUACACAGAUUAUAGAUUUCAAUAAAAACAUUGCCUAUAGCAUCGAGGAAACUGAAAGUGCGCUCAUAUUGACGUUAAAAGGCGCUACGUGGGGGUCCAAUGUGAUGGAUGCAAAAUUGGAAUUCCAGUGUAAUGACAACAUGAAAGAAGACGAACUCGUUGACCAUACGUGGGCCGACAAAACUAUCCAGUUGACUCUGAAGGGUCCUUCUGGUUGUUUGAAGAGUAAAGAUGACGACAAGAAAAAGGGCGACGGUGAUAACGGCAAGGAUGGCGACAAUGAUGAGAACAAGAAGCCAGCAAAAAAGUCAAGUGGCGCAUCAUGGUUCACUUGGCUAUUUCUCUACGCUCUAUUGUUUACAUUGAUAUACCUGAUGGUAGUAUCGUUCUUGAACACCAGAGGAGGAUCAUUCCAAGACUUCCGUGCUGAGUUCAUACAACGUUCCACGCAAUUUUUCACCUCCUUACCUGAAUUCUGCAGAGAAGUGGUUUCUAGAAUCCUGGGUAGAAACACUACUCAAAGGGGCGGGUACAGCGCCGUUUAA